AUGGAUUUGAUCACCGGAACUCUAAACAUCACCACCGCCGCCGCAUUCCUCUUCUUCUUCUUCUUUCCUCCCUACCUCGCUUUCAAAUCCCUCAGCUACCUCUGCCGCUCCAUCUUCCCCGAAAACGUCGCCGGAAAGGUCGUCGUCGUCGCUGGAGCUUCGUCCGGCAUCGGAGAGCACAUAGCCUAUGAGUAUGCCAAGAGGGGUGCGUUUCUGGUCAUCGGGGCCAGGAGAGAGAAUGCUCUGAGUGAAGUGGCUGAGAGAGCCUUCAUGCUCGGGUCCCCUCGUGCCAUGCCUAUAACGAUCAAUGUCUCCGAUGAUCAAGAGUGUCAGAGAUUGAUCGAGGAGGCAAUCAACCAAUUUGGCCGAUUGGAUCAUCUUGUGGUGAGUGCCGGUGUUACUCCGGUUAGUCUGUUUGAAGAUACGUUUGAAGUUGAUAACUUCUCGCAGGCAAUGGAUACAAACUUUUGGGGUGUGGUGUAUGCGACUUACUGUGGUGCACCCUACUUGAGGAUGACGAAGGGGAAGAUGGUGGUGAUUGCUUCUUCCACAAGCUGGCUCAAUGCGCCGAGGCUGAGUUUUUACAAUGCGAGUAAAGCUGUAGUGGUGAGUUUCUUAGAAACUGUGAGAGUAGAGGUUGCACCAGAUAUCGGGAUCACAAUCGUCACUCCCGGAUUAACAGAAUCCGAGGUCACAAAAGGCAAAUUCCUUAACCAGGAAGGCAAAAUGGUGGUAGACCAAGACAUGAGGUAUGUAGUGAUGAGUGCUGUUCCAGUAGAGACGGUGGGACGAUGUGCGGAGGCAGUUGUCAAGAGCGCAUGCCAUGGAGACAGCUACUUGACGUGGCCGACCUGGAUGGGGGCCACCUUCUUCGUCAAGGCGCUGUGCCCUGAGGCCGUCGACUGGUUCAACCAUUGGUACCUGCUCACUGACCCUGGAGUUCCUCCCACACAAGCUAUAAGCAAGAAAGUUGUAGACUUGCCCAGAAUAAAGGACAUGUGGCCAGAUUCCUUUCGAUCCCCCACCAUCAAGACUUACUGAUCAAGAAGAGGAUAAUCCAGUUAGUAGUACUAGUUUACUUCUCUUUGAAUCAAAAUCCUAAGGUAGUUAAGAUUUGCAGCAUAGAAACAGACAGUUGCAAAUAAUGUCACCAGUUGUUAUUACCGUAUGUGUAUAUAUAUGCAUGUACCUCUUGUUAA